AUGCACCUUCUGUAUCAGCUCCCCAACCACCUGCAGCCUGGUCCUGCUGCAUCCUGAAACAAACAGCACUUUAUCUCCUGCAAGAGAUUUGUGUUGACUCUAAAGCGUAGGACCUUGAACAACAACGACGACAACAGGAGGAAGAGACAAUACCAACGCACAAAGUGUCAGGACGAGCGUGAGAGAAGAAAAAUGUCUCGAACUGAAGAGGUGAACAAGAUGACGGAAAACGUCUACAAGGGGAUUCUGGACCAGUUCAACCCCAGUCUGAAGAACUUUGUGACGAUGGGGAAACACUAUGAAAAGGCCCUGACAGGAGUAACGUUGGCUGCCAAGGGGUACUUUGACGCCCUGGUGAAACUUGGUGAACUCGCGAGCGACAGCCAAGGCUCCAAAGAGCUGGGGGACACGCUGUUUCAGAUGGCCGAGGUGCACAGACAGAUUCAGGUGCAGCUGGAGGACGUGUUGAAACUGUUUCACUCUGAGCUGCUUUCCCAGUUGGAGCAUAAACUGGAGCUGGACAUCAAGUAUCUCACAGCCACUUUGAAGAAGUACCAGAGUGAGCGCAGGUCGAAAUCCGAGUCCAUCGAGCGCUGCCAGUCUCAGCUCAAGAAGCUCCGCAGGAAGAGUCAGGCCAGCCGUCACCCCAACAAAUACGGAGACAGAGAGAUGCAGUUUGUGGAGUUAAUGAGUCGUCGCCAAGGCGAACUGGACACGAUGGUCGCCGCGGGUUACAAGUCAGCGCUCACCGAGGAGCGGAGGCGAUAUUGUUUCCUGGUGGACCGACAGUGUUCUGUCACCAAGCUGCUCAUCAACUACCACUCCAAGGUGAGAGAGCUUCUCUCUCAGAAACUGUCGUCCUGGCAGCAGUCGUGUUUGCAGCCGACCAAACUCCCGGAACGAGCUCUGAACCUGCUGCGUCACACCGCGCCCCAAAGCCCAGGGGCUGCUGGAAUAGCCGAGGUCCUCCGCCACGCCAAGCUGGGCUCUGCUCCGCCAGAACAGAGGCUUUCUGUUCAGGAGGUCCCUCCUCUGUUGAACGGAGACUCAAGUCGCUCCCAGCAGCAGCAGCGCUCGCUCCCCUCCUCCUCCCAGAGUGACACGUGUCCUCCUCAGGGCUCUCCCCAGACCUUUCGCUCUGCACCAUCCUCAGAAGGAGCUGCUGGGGGUUCAUCUCGUGGAGCUUCACCUCAGCGCACCAGUGCAUCGGUCAGCCCCCUCCCGGACAGCAGCACCGGCAGCAGCGCCAGCCCGGCCACAUCUACUCCCACCACGUCCGGUGGCUCGGCCCAGCAGGGCUCCCUCCUCCUCUCCACCAACACGUUCAACCUCUCCCCGAGCCUCAUCCCCUCCACGGUGAUGUCCCUCAGCCAGAUCUCACCAGCCGGCAGCUCAUUGCAUGGCAUGACCCUCCCCAUCCCGCACAGCGCCCCACACAGCCCUCCGCUGCCUCACAGUGCUCCUCUCUCCAGGGCCAUGACUCCUGUGCAGCUGCUGCACCAACAGGUGGGACCAGCAGGGAGCAACACCUCAUCACCGUCACAUAAUCCCUGGCUGCUGAAGGCUGGAGACAUGUGUGCCACAGCAACACUUCCACUGCCGAGAAGACCUGUCAGUGAAAUGAGGCUGGGCGGCUUUCAGGGCUCCAGUCUCCCCAGGAUGCUGCCGUUAUCUGGACCUACACGUGUGGAAGCCAUGUUUGCCCACGGUCCUGGAGCCUCAGAGGCUGGUGGAGGAGGGGGCGGGGCUUGCUUACUGCACUUCCUGCCUGGUGACGACAUCACCCUGCUCAUCUCUGAGCCCAGAGACGGAUGGCACUACGGUCAAAAUGAACGGACUGGACGGAAAGGCUGGUUCCCUUUCUCCUACACUCAGCCACACCACAGCAAGCUCGAUCACCUGGAGAGCUCCCUGUUCUUAUCUAAAGCUAACAGCACCAGCACCGGUCAGCUCGACAAGCUGGUGUCCGCGGGUCUCCCAGCCCUCACCCCCGAGUCAGAGGAGGAGCGCGCCCUUCCUCCCCAGAGGGUCAGCACCUUCCGCCCGCGCCCGUACAGCAUGGCCGACAGCAGCAAGAUCACCUCAGAAUUGGCCUCUUCAGCAGCCCACCCAAGGGCCAAUCCCUUCGCCCACAUACGACUUAGAAAAACAGUCACCAACGAUCGCUCAGCUCCCAUCAUCGAGUGA